AUGCAUGGUUUUGGCCAUAAUCAACAAACCUAUCGCGAAAAGAAUACUUUCUUGAACACCAAGAUCCCAGUCGAACAGUCUCUCAUCACCCAAAAAGAAGAAGAGGAGGGCCAUAUCCAACCAGGAACGUACAAGAUUCCAUUUUCCUUUCGUGUUCCUGCAGAAAUCCCUGCAUCGCAAAAGUUGGGCGAGUACGACAGUGAAGCCAGCAUCAUUUAUUCGCUCCGAGCCGUCUUUGGUGGAUCGGGAGUCGUUUUGAACGACUAUCAAACCAAAAAAGUGAUUGAAGUGGUAGCAGCACCGGAGCCGCCCACACGCAUCGUCCCUGCCAUUCUCAAGCCACAAUAUCAAGGCAUUACCAAGAAUGGUUUGUCCAACAAGGGGCGGGUGUACGUGGGCGCCAAAGUGUCACAGUCCCGAUUCACCCGUGGAGAACGACCACACAUUUGUCUUGCCAUUAUCAAUGACAGCGCCGCCAGUCUUCACAAAAUUCACAUGGCAGUAGAGCAGACGGCCAAGUGGACGGCCCGGGAUUUCAGUUCGGGCACAUCCAAGAAUCUCGUCACGGCCAAUUAUGCCAUUCCCUCGGGGUACGCUCCCAAGGUGGAUGAGACCACCCGCGUCCAGCGAGCCAAUGACAAGGCAUGUCAAUCGAAAAACAUGAAACAGAUUACCUCUGCAUUAAAUCACGAGGAUGGCAACAACAAUAACAACACAAAGGCAUUAUCCUUUACUCUCCCCGCAAUCCCCGCAGCAGCGGUCGACACACACAGCACGAGCAGAAUCGCUGUCUCGCACGAGAUUGUCGUGACUCUCGUCACGGAAGGCAGCAAAUCGGAUCCUUCCUUUCGCAUUCCAAUUCACAUUGGCCCAGGAGGUCCUACUGUCGCCGCGGAACCUGCCACGGGAUCAUCCGCAGCCAUUCCAGUGGCAAACGCAACCCCCCUGACGUCCUCACCUCGGAAUACUGCAGCCCGAAACUACAAGACCGUGGGUAGACCCAAAUCUCCUCUCAAAACGCUCAAUUUUGGAGCCAUCAAACUGUUCUAG